UCCUCUUUUCUCUGGGAGGUUCAGUGUCCUCAUGACCUUGACAGGAGCUGCCUUAAACUCUGUUCAUUCACCUGGCAUCUACAGCCCUGAGCUAUCAGAGCCCCGAGAAGAUGCAGGUGCGCAUUGUGCUUGCUCUCAUCAGCUACUUGCUGGCUCCGAAUGGUGCUGCCAUCUUGGGGCGCUGUGUAGUGGCUAAGAAACUCUACGAUGGAGGCCUGGAUUAUUUUGAGGGUUACAGCCUUGAAAACUGGGUGUGCCUGGCUUAUUUUGAGAGCAAGUUCAAUCCCUCGGCUGUCUACGAGAAUUCACAAAGUGGUUACACUGGCUACGGCCUCUUUCAGAUCCGAGACAGCGAAUGGUGUGACCAUGGUAAGACCAUCUGCAGUGUGUCCUGCUCUGCUCUACUGAAUCCAAAUCUAAAGGAUACGAUUGAAUGUGUCAAGAAAAUUGUGAAAGGAAAACAAGGGCUGGGAGCAUGGCCCACCUGGUCCAGAAACUGCCAGCUGUCUGACACUCUGGGUCGGUGGCUGGACGGCUGCAAACUGUAG